UCAAAAACAUAUUUACUCUUUGCCUUUGCUCUUUGUCAUUUUAUGUUUAUCUGUGAUUAUCUGUCUCUUUCUUUUCUAACUCAUUUUGCUCUGUGGUAAGGUGAGUUACUAACAAACAUGGGGAAGGGGAAUAAUAUGAUCCCAAAUGGCCAUUUCCAUAAGGAUUGGCAAAGAUUCGUGAAAACUUGGUUUAACCAACCUGCAAGAAGACACCGCAGGAAGCAAAACAGAAUCAAGAAAGCAAAGGCAAUCGCACCUCGUCCAGCAGCAGGUCCCCUACGACCGGUGGUGCGAUGCCCUACUGUUCGGUAUCAUACUAAGGUCCGCGCCGGGCGUGGAUUUACACUUCGCGAAAUAAGGGCCGCUGGACUCAAUCCGGCUUUUGCUAGAACUAUUGGUAUCGCCGUCGAUCCUCGCAGGCGUAAUAAGUCUGUAGAAUCUUUGCAGACAAAUGUUCAAAGGAUAAAGGAAUACAGAGCUCGACUUAUUCUGUUCCCUAAGGGCAAGAAGGUCCUGAAGGGUGAAGCUAAUGAAGAAGAACGUAAGUUGGCUACACAGCUUCGCGGCCCCCUAAUGCCAGUGCAACAACCAGCACCUAAGUCCCACGCCCGUGUCAUCACUGAAGAGGAGAAAGACUUCAAGGCCUAUCAAUAUCUGAGAGGAGCUCGUUCUAUUGCCAAACUUGUUGGUAUUAGAGCUAAGAGAUUGAAGGAUGCUGCUGAAAAUCCUGAUGACGUCACUAAAGCCCCAACAGGUGCAAAGGAAGUGAAGGCUAAGAAGUAGUCUGAUCAAUAAAUAUCUUUAACAUAA